AUGACACGUCUGAUCCUACUGGCCUUUGUCCUGAGCUUGAGCCAGGCUCAGCGAAGGAAUGAACAGGAUAUCCAGAUCGGCUCUCAUGUCCUCCGGCUUGGCUCACCAACCACUCUUCGUCUGAACGCUGGACGUGGAUCCACUGAGACUCUCCUUGACAGAUCAACAGAUGCUCCUUUUGGUAAGCUCACUCACAGAACAAGCGUUGACCCAAAGGGAAGACAGGAGACUGAGGUGGAAUUAACUAACCCUAACAUUGCAAGACGCUACUUCAGGAGCUACCAUUUUGAUGAUGUGGAGUGUUUAGACAUAUCCAUCGAAGCCUUGGCGUGUGUGACCCAGGUAAUCACCGACUGUAUGUUCAUGAAUGGUACACACUGGUAUGGUGGGGCGGAGGUGCAUCAGCAGCUUUGGCCUUUGGAGAAGCUCAGCAUGGCCAUGGGGCCUUAUGUUGCUAAUGACAAUUCAGGCUUUCCUUACGGAGCUGUUCAGGAGAGAUACUUCUAUACAUCUUCAGGUAUCGGUAUCUGGAUUGUAGAGGAUAUCCCUUUGUAUGUCAGUAUAAAUGCAACUGGAGACAGAAUGCUUUGUCUGCAAUCUAAGUAUGAUAACAGCAUUUACAGAAACUUUGACAACUCUCUGCCAGUUCUGAACUACACAAUGUGUGUGGGGAGGGAUGUCAUGGACAUCCAUACGUUCAUGUCAGAGCGGUACAUCAGUAAACCAUCUGGGACACCAAACGAUGACGUCCUGAGAAAGCCUAUUUGGUCAACAUGGGCACAAUAUAAGAAGAACAUCAACCAAUCCUUAGUCCUUGAAUUUGCUGACAAUAUCCUAAAGAAUAAUCUCACAAUAUCAAACCUAGAAAUUGAUGAAAAGUGGAUGCCCAAUUUUGGAGAUCUUGUAUUUGAUGCCACAAAAUUUCCUGACGCCAAAGGCAUGAUUGAUGAAAUUCACAAGAAGGGUAUGGCAGUCACCACUUGGGUUCCUCCGUUUGUAAAUCUCGAAUCAAGUAACUUCGAGUAUGCUGCCUCUAAAGGUUAUCUGAUGAAAGACAUGUCAGGUCGUCGUCCUGCUCUAGUGUCUUGGUGGGAGGCCAAAUGGGCGGGUAUUAUCGACUUCACAAACACUGAAGCCACGAAAUGGUUUCUAGGUAAUUUAGCGAACCUGCGGACAACGUAUGGUGUUGAUUCGUACAAGUUUGAUGCUGGAGAUGCAAAUUAUCUUCCUUCUGAUUACCAACCCGCUAAAGAGUUCCGUAACCCUGAUGUAUUUGCUCGAUCCUAUGCCGAAGCUGUUGCAAGGGUAGAUAACGCCAGUAGACGUCAUGAAGUUCGAACUGGAAGAAAGACACAGUCGUUACCUGCGAUGACAAGAAUGAUUGAUAAAAAUUCUGAUUGGACCUACGAGCAGGGUUUGAAGACAAUUGUUACGUCGGGUCUUGUUUUCAGUUCCAUUGGCUAUUCCUUUAUACUCCCUGAUAUGGUUGGCGGAAACGGUUACGGUGGUGUUUGGCCUGAUGAGGAACUCUUCAUCAGGUGGACACAGGCCAACGCACUGAUGCCCACUAUCCAAUUUGCCAUCACUCCCUGGACGUACAAGAAUGCAACAUUAAUGUCUAUCGUACAACAAAUGCUUGCUUUGAGAGAAAAAUAUGCCGACACUAUUGUCACACUUGCCAGAGAAUCAGUUUCAACUGGUGCUCCGAUCAUGCGGCCCCUUUGGUGGAUUGCACCAACAGAUGAGUCGGCUUUGACUGUGGAUGAUGAGUUCUUGCUGGGUAAUGACCUCUUGGUUGCCCCUGUGCUGAAUCCAGGGGCCCUGACUAGGAAAAUCUAUUUACCUGCGGGACAAUGGAGAGAUGAGAUCCACGGCACUACUGUCCCAGGUGGACAAUGGGUAGACUACCCGGUGCGACUUGAAGACCUCCCCCAUUUCUCGAAGCUCUCAUAA